AUGAUUGGAAUUACAUAUGAUGGAUCAACUAGUACAGUAGAAUUAGCAAAAUACCCAAUUUUGAACAGUGUGGCUCCUCCAAUUUAAUACACUCAAAUGAAUGAUGACAAAAAAGCUAUUAAUGUAUCCAGAGAUGAUACUGAAUCCUCAAGAGAAAUAUUUCUUAAGGAGUACUACAAGUAAAUCUUAAGAUAACAUUUGAUUAUUUUGGGAAUGCAAUUAUUUGGUUUGAUGGAAUGGUUUGCAAAUAUUAUAGUUGAGUUUGGAUAUUAUAGAAAUAGUUUCAGAUGGACAUUCUAUGUAAUUGCAACAUCUUUGAUCAUCAUUGCUUUGGGAUUACCAAUAAUUAGAUCAAUAAGAGCAGUAGUAUAUAAUAACAAUAUCUUUAGGUAAAACACUAGAGUACUAUAUACUAUGCUUAUACAAUAUUGAUAGGAUUAUCACUUAUUGGAAUAGGAAACAAAUGCAGUGAUAGACAUUCUUCAGCUCCAGUUUGGUGGAUUAUUAUUACAUUACUAAUCAUGAUUGUACAUAGUAUUACCUAAUUUGGACUUGUUAAACAUAAUGUUACCCAUUAUUAUACUAUUUUUAUGAAAUUUGCCAUUAUUGGUUCAAUCAUUCUAAAUUUUAUAGUUGGAUUGUGUUCAUCAUCUUUAGAUAGUUCAUUUCCUAUUACUGAAGCUAUUAUCAUUUAUUCAAUCUAUUAUUUUAAUCAAUUAAAUUAGAAUUUACUUAAAAAUCCAAAUGAAUUACCAGAAGAUGUAUCAAUUUUAUAAAGAAUUGAAAUAAUUAAUAAAAUCUACGAUCUUUUCUUUUAGGAAGACUAAUAAAAUUAAGUAAUUGAAUAAAUCAAAGAUACUCAUUGUGUAGUCAAUAAAUAAUUAAUAAAAGUAAUUUCUAGUGUUUUGACAUAUAUAGUCAUCUUUAUUCUUAGUAUCAAAACUGGAAAUGCAUUAUUUAUUGUUUUUAUAAUUGUAAUUUCAGUAUCAUUUUUAAGUGCUCUGCUCAACACAUAAGUAGCUUCAAGAGUAUUUUAUAUACAUAAUUAUUUUUAGACUCUCUAAUAAUAGGAUGUAACUUUUGCAGUGUGUCUAACCUAUUUAGAUUUAGCAAGUCCACUCCAGAAUAUUAUAAAGAGAUUUAUAUAAUACUGA